UGCUUCUUUCUGCAGCAAGAAAAGGAGUCUGUAGGGAUUGCUGGGGUUUGGAGUUGGCGGUUGUUCGCUGUGCUCAAUAUGCAGCGAUUACUGUUUCCGCCCUUGAAGGCCUUGAUGGGGAGUCCAUGCCUCCGACUCCUGGUUCCGAGGGCAGCGCCUAGAACGCAGUGUGGUUGCAGCUAUGGGAUCAGGCGCCCCUUGAGGCCAGGGCAGUACAGCACCAUCUCUGAAGUAGCUUUACAGUCUGGAAGGGGUGCAGUGUCCCUUCCCUCCAAGGCUGCUGAGCGGGUCGUGGGCCGAUGGCUCCUGGUCUGCAGUGGAACAGUGGCUGGAGCAGUUAUUCUCGGUGGAGUAACUAGGCUGACAGAGUCUGGCCUCUCGAUGGUAGAUUGGCAUUUAAUAAAGGAGAUGAAGCCACCGACAAGCCAAGAGGAGUGGGAAGCAGAAUUCCAAAAAUACCAGCAAUUUCCAGAAUUUAAAAUAUUGAAUCAUGAUAUGACACUGGCAGAAUUCAAGUUCAUCUGGUACAUGGAGUACUCACACCGCAUGUGGGGUCGCCUUGUAGGCCUCGCAUACAUCCUGCCUGCCGCCUACUUUUGGAGAAAGGGCUGGCUCAGCCGAGGCAUGAAAGGACGUGUUCUUGCCCUCUGUGGGUUAGUGUGCUUCCAGGGUCUGUUGGGAUGGUAUAUGGUGAAAAGUGGAUUAGAAGAAAAACCAGAUUCUCACGACAUCCCUCGGGUCAGUCAGUACCGCCUCGCUGCCCACCUGGGAUCAGCCCUUGUUCUUUACUGUGCCAGCUUGUGGACCUCGCUCUCACUGCUGCUGCCUCAGCACAAGUUGCCUGAAACCCGUCAACUCCUGUGGUUGAGACGAUUUGCUCACGGAACGACAGGCCUAGUGUUCCUUACAGCUCUCUCAGGGGCUUUUGUAGCAGGACUGGAUGCUGGGCUUGUUUACAACUCCUUCCCCAAGAUGGGAGAAUCCUGGAUCCCAGAGGACCUCUUUACCUUCUCCCCCAUCCUGAGGAACGUUUUUGAGAAUCCGACUAUGGUGCAGUUUGAUCACCGGGUUCUGGGGAUCACUUCAGUUACUGCGGUUACAGCGCUCUAUUUCCUGUCCCGGAGAAUCCCCCUUCCUCGGAGGACCAAGAUGGCAGCAGCGACUCUGCUGGCGGUGGCGUAUACACAGGUGAAGGUUCAAAGGGACAGAUUGGCACCCCCGGAAGUAACCAGAUAGCCUUCGACAAGAAAUAGCUACUGUCUUCUAGUGUCCUGACUUUUAUAAAUGAGGUAGGUUUUGACAAGCUUCAUAUCUAUGUGCAGCAGAAUGGUGGAUAGGUGCCUAGAGGAAAGGAGGUAACCACUGGUAACCCACUCGGCUUCAUCAAGCUCUAACCUGUAUGUGCUGUUAUGUUGCUAGCUCAGUGAAUGGAAUAGAUCGCAUAAGUCAGUUCCUGAAAGGGUUUCCUCAUGGACAAAAAAAAUGUGGCCUUAAUGGGGGACAUGGACAAUUUGAACAAAUUGUUGACUAAUGAAUUGGUGUGAUUUCAGUCUCUAUUGAUAUUUCACAGGGUUCUCUGUCCUGUUCAACCUUGUUUUUUAAAUCAGUGUCUGGAUGAAGGCAGCAGAUGAGAUUUGAGCGAGGAGCAACCUAACAUUGCUAAUAUGACGGAUGACAGCCACAGCUCACAGCUUCCAAGAGUGACAUGAUAAAGUUGAAAUUAAGUUAAUCAUCACCAAGCCCCUAUUUUAUGAAAUGUUAAAGGGACUUAGCUAAGAAAAAGAAGAUAAAAAACAUGUACAGUAAAAUGACAGCAAACUACAAUUACUAACAACCACACCGAAAACAAAAACAAACUAAGCAAACAACUAGAACAGGAACAGAACCACAGAAAUGGAGAUCACACGGAGGGGUAGCAACAAGGGAGUGGGAGGAGAAGGGGAAAUGGGACAGCUG